ACCCUUUCGAUGUUUCAAUGAAUAAUGCAGUUAACCCUAAUCCUAUGUAUCCCGAAAUUAAUGAUGAAUGUUAUUCACUCCUGCAUUCUUCUAGAAUCAAUAGAACGGGGGGUGGUGUUGCCAUAUAUCUGGACCAGAAUUUACAAUACACAGUUCGUAAUGAUCUUUCUAAUUUAGUCUCUACAACUGCUGAAUCUAUUUUUAUUGAAAUAAAGGCUGAACCUAAGAAUAUUAUUUUAGGAACCGUCUAUGGAGUACCGGACUUAUCAUUGCUUACUUUUAAUUCUGAUAUAUCAUUUCUUCUAGAUGUAAUAAAUAAUGAAAAUAAAAAAACCUAUAUUGCCGGAGACUUUAACAUUGACUUACUUAAGUAUAGUACACAUAAGCAGUCCUCUGAGUUUCUUGGUAAUAUGUUUAAUUAUAAUUUAUAUCCCCUAAUACAUAGACCUACUCGAAUUACAACUAAAACUGCCACCCUUAUCGAUAAUAUAUUUACUAACAACAUGCAAACUAAAAUAUCUCCUGGCAUUCUUUACUCUGACAUAUCUGAUCACUUUCCUAUCUAUUCUAUUGUUCAUUCAAAUUUAUCUCAUUCUCUAUCUAAUAAUAAUAAUAAUAUAAAAUACUCUAU